AUGAUCCUGCCUGAGAGCAACGGCAGCAAAAUCACCGGAUGCAGGCUGAUGCAUUUGGGACCCAAUUGGAAGAAUCGUCCAAAAGUCACAGACUGGAAGGAGCUGAAGAUUGUGGAGUUUGAUGACUGCGAAAUCGAAACAAAGCCAUCAGAGGACUCGGACCUAGCCACGGAUCCCCUCGUGCACGUGUGGGAAUUCACAGUUCUGCAUCUCGAGCCGGGCGCAAGCUACAGGUUUAAGUUCUCCUGCAUCAAUGCCGUCGGCGAGUCCGAGGUGAGUGAUGAGUCCAACGUGGUCACAACGAUGCCGACCACCCCCGACAAGUGCACAGCUCCAUUUUUGGCCAACGAGGAGGAGAUGCAAAGCCAUAUUCGAUCACCUUUCACUGGCACACACCACACGAUGGUGGCUCUGACAUCCUGCAUUACACUUUGA